AGCAAAGAGCAAAAAGCAAAAAGAGAAGAGAAUGCACACACCACAUACCUGACUUGACUGGGUUGGGUGGUGGGCAGUUGGACACGUAGCCGGCGGCGGCGCCACCCGCGCGCAGCAGCAGCAACUCCAUACCUGACUCUGCUGCAAUCAGAAGAGGAGGAGGAGGAGGAGGAAGAAGGGAUUGCGAUUGAUGGCCAUCACCAUGGGCCUCCACCACCAGCAGCCCAUUACCAUCAGCGGCUGCAAGACCGCGCCGCGGCACCGGCGACCCAGACCGAUAGCCGUCCGAAGCAGCAGCAGCGGUGCCGGCGUAAUGAAGGGGCAGAUGAAGCUGACUUACUUGGAGAUCAACAGCUGGCUGUGGGAGGUCGGCGGCGCCCGCAUCCUCGUCGAUCCCAUCCUCGCCGGCAACCUCGACUUCGGCGCGCCAUGGCUGUUCGACGCCGCCAAGAAGCGUCUCAAGAACCUGGGCGUCCAGGAUCUGCUGCUGCAGACGGAGGGGGGGCUCGACCUGCUCCUCAUCACGCAGAGCCUCGACGACCACUGCCACGCGCGCACGCUGGCCCAGCUCGCCGCCGCCGCGCCCGCCCUGCCCGUCGUCACCACCCCCAACGCGCGUCCCGUCCUCGCCGCGCUGCCCACCCCCUUCCGCGACGUCACCUAUCUGGAACCCGGCCAGUCCACCACCACAGCCUGCAAUGGCGUGCGCAUACUGGCCACCCCGGGCCCCGUGCUCGGGCCGCCGUGGCAGCGCCCGGAGAACGGCUACAUCAUCGACGACCAACGGGGCCUUGUCGUCUACUACGAGCCGCACUGCGUUUACGACCGCUCCUUCCUGGAGAGCAAGGGCCUGCGUGCCGACGUCGUCAUCACGCCCGUCGUCAAGCAGCUCCUCCCGGCCAACUUCACCCUCGUCGCCGGCCAGGAGGAUGCCGUCCAGCUGGCCACCCUGCUGCGUGCCAGGUACGUGGUCCCCAUGUGCAACGGCGACGUGGACGCCAAGGGCCUCCUCACCGGUGUCCUCGCCACCCAGGGCACGGUGGACGCCUUCAAGGCCAUGCUGGCGGAGGCGCUGCCGGAGGCUCAGGUGCUCGACCCAACGCCCGGCGUCCCACUCCACCUCGACCCCACGCCACCGAAUAUUUCUUAAUAUAUAGGUAUAUAUCCUACUAGUGCUUACU